UGUGGUCUCGUGGUCACGGACUUCAUGGGGCUGCUGGUGACGGCCUCCGUCAUCAUCCCCUACCACUUCAUCAAGUUCAACUGGGCCGAGGUGGACGCCGGCUGCCACCUCUGCAACUUCCUGGGCUUCUCCAUGGUCUUCUUCGGGCAGUGCCCGCUGCUGCUGGGGGCCACCAUGGCCGGCGAGAGAUUUGUGGGCAUCAACCGGCCCUUCUCGCGCUCCAGCAGUGUGUCCAAGCGCCGCGCGUGGGCCAUUGUGGGCACCGUGUGGGCCUUCUGCUGCCUGCUGGGGUUGCUGCCCGUGCUGGGGAUGGGCCGCUACACGCUGCAGUUCCCCGGCUCCUGGUGCUUCCUCACGCUCCUGCCUGACACGGGCAACAUUGUCUUCUGCCUGCUCUUCGCCCUGCUCGGCGUCUUCUCGGUGCUGCUCUCCUUCGUGUUCAACACGGUGAGCGUGGUGACGCUCUGCCGCGUCUACCACGACCGCGAGUCCGUGCAGCGGCGCCGUGACAGCGAGGUGGAGAUGAUGGUGCAGCUCGUGGGCAUCAUGAUCAUCGCCACCAUCUGCUGGAUGCCCCUCCUGAUCUUCAUCAUCCAGACGGUCCUGCAGCAGCUGUGGGCGCCCGAGCGGCUCCUGAUGCUGCCCACGGAGACGCAGCAGCUGCUGCUCAUUUACAUCCGCAUGGUCACAUGGAACCAGAUCCUGGACCCCUGGGUGUACAUCCUGUUCCGACGGGCCGUGCUGCGACGCGUCUACCCCAGCCUGCGCGCACGCCCCUCCAUCGUCUCCCUCUACCCCGCGCUCAACCCCUCGCUGCGCCGCAAGCUCACACAGGAGUCGGUGCUGCAGUAG